AUGUCGUUGCUGAGCGACCGGGCAGUCGUGGAGCACCAGCUGCAGCGGCAAGGAGGCGAAGUCCUGGCGAACCCGACUCGUAUCAGGUCGCUGCUCAUCGCCAAAAACGUGAGCAAGACGAAGUUGGCCCACUGGGUCCCGCUCCGUGAGAGCAAGCCGGUGUAUGUGAGUGCCAAGUAUGUAUCUGCGGGCGUAGCACACCCUCAGUGGCUGGUGGACGGCGUAGAAGCAGUCGCGGUGCUGCUGUGGGCGCCGAGGCACAUGCGCUACGGCAGCCGCUCCUGCAAGGCGAAGCUUACCCAGUUACUGGACACCGACGAAGAUGCCCGGCACGACCCUCUGCAUGGCGAUGAGCCAACGCUGCUCCCUCUUCAUUGCCGCGCGUGUCCACCAGAGGGAGGCACAAGGGCGUGCACCUUCAGAUGCUGA